ACUGAACUGAGCAAAUCUGUCGAACUGGAUACAGCAUGUCUUGCAAUUUGCACUAGGUCUAUCUAACUCUAAUAAUUGUUAUUUCCAGUAUUAUACCCCGCCCUGCAAUCGCAGUAUUGAGAGAAGGGAACGUGAUACACAAAUGAUGCAGCCUUUGUAAGGCAAGUCUUUUUACAAGAUGACGAUGUUGACUCACUUUUGCUUGUGGAUUGUAACUUUGCUGCUGACACAGAACUUUGUCUUUAGCUCAGAUCUACGACACACAAACAACUGGGCUGUGCUGGUGUGUACAUCAAGGUAUUGGUUUAAUUAUCGUCAUGUAGCCAAUACCCUAUCUGUGUAUCGCAGUGUGAAGCGUCUUGGAAUUCCUGACAGUCAAAUUAUUUUGAUGUUGGCUGAUGACAUGGCAUGUAACCCCCGCAACAAGGAGCAGGGAACUGUAUUCAACAACCGUGCUCAUCAACUAAAUGUCUAUGGCACUGAUAUAGAGGUGGAUUACCGUGGGUAUGAGGUGACAGUGGAAAAUUUCAUCCGUGUCCUAACCGGCCGUCUGCCCAGCUCUGUUCCACGAUCGAAACGACUUUUGACGGAUGACCGCAGCAAUGUGCUCGUGUACAUGACUGGACAUGGUGGAGAAGGAUUUCUCAAGUUUCAGGAUGCAGAGGAGAUCACCAGUGAAGAACUCGGUGCAGCGUUUGAGCAGAUGUGGAAGAAGCGCCGUUAUUCCAGUUUGAUGUUUCUCAUUGACACAUGCCAAGCGGAGUCGCUGUAUCGCUCUUUCUAUUCACCGAAUAUCAUUGCUGCUGCAAGCAGUCGUGUAUCAGAAGAUUCACUGUCACAUCAUUCAGACCCUGCUGUUGGUGUUUCAGUCAUUGACCGCUGGACAUUUUAUAUUCUAGAAUAUUUGGAGCAUGUCCGUCCCAAUAGCAAGAAGACUGUCGAGGAUCUCUUCAGUUCUUUGAAACCCAGUCAAGUGAUUUCCACACCAUCUGUGCGCAGGGAUCUCUUCCCCGUGCCACUGAAUAAGGUCCGCAUUACUGAUUUCUUUGGCAGUGUGCGGAAAAUUGACGUAACACCAGCUCUUCCUGGCAGUGGCGGUGAUGUCAUGUAUGCCAGUGGUAGUGAUGCUGGUACUGCUACUGCUGCUACUCAUCCUGACAAUAUCACAUCUCCUAUGCAGGAGCAUACUUCCCAUGGUGCAUUGCUGUAUUCCACUAACCCUUCUGAUCAAUCGCGUUCAGAGCGUGAGGACAUUUCCAGCAAGGAUGGUGCCAUGGGGCACUAUCUGUAUGCUGCUGUGCUGCCUCUUCUCUUUCUAGCUAUUGUGCUGCUCAGCUUAUGAUAGCUGUAGUGCCAGUGACUGUUAUCCCAACAUGCAGAUAUAGUUUCGUAGUCAAGUGGCUACUUUGAGAAGUAUUACUUUUUUAUUGAAAUUUUCUCACUACAUGUAAUUUUAUGUUGCACUGUCAUGUUUCUUCUUUUGUUCCCAUGGUGCAGGCACCUUCUCAAUUACUAUCAGCAGUUACUUCGAAUUCAUUCAUCUCAGCCGCUUCUUCAUCUCCGCAAUAUCUCUAUGCCGCGUGCUCGUUUUAGCUACAUGUACACGAAGCCAGAUGAGAUCAUCAGUCAAGACGUGA